GCUGCUUUCUGCUUUCUUCUUCCUUCACUGCAAGCAUUUUCUUUGGUAACCUCUAACUAUCAGUAUAGAAAUUGAGAGAUCAAGUCUUUCAAAGUUACUGCACUCUAAAGCUGCUGGCAGUUUGAUAAUCUUCCCGAAGAAAAAAAAAAAAAAAUGGCUGUGCAAUUUUUCCCAGAAAGUGUGAGAAAACUAUGGAACAAAUGGCAGCUUCGUGUAAUGAUUUUAAUCAGUCUCUCCCUGCAAAUAAUACUAGUCAUUUUCGGCAGCCGACGAAAGCAUACUGCUAAAGCGUGGCUCAGGAUCCUUGUUUGGUCAACAUACUUGUCAGCGGACUGGGUUGCGACUGUAUGCCUGGGCACCCUGGCUAGUGGCCAAGGCGAUUCUCCUAAAGAUGCCGAGCUCAUGGCUUUUUGGGCACCAUUCUUUCUCUUGCACCUGGGUGGCCCUGACACCAUCACUGCUUACUCCUUAGAAGACAAUGAGUUGUGGUUAAGGCAUUUGCUUGGGCUGCUUGUCCAAGUUGGAGUGGCCUUCUAUGUAUUUCUCAGGUCUUGGGCAAGUAGUCUACUAACAUUUCUCACAAUUCCUAUGUUCUUCUCUGGAAUUAUCAAGUAUGGAGAGAGGACUUGGGUUCUCCGGUCAGCAAGCAGCGAGCACUUCAGAGACUCUUUGCUCCCAUCCCCUGAUCCGGGACCUGAUUAUGCAGCAUUAAUGGAGGAAUUGAGUUCAAGACAAGCCCAGGGGUUGCCAGUAAACAUUGCUGGCGUAAUUGAACCCCCCUAUAUCCGCCCACCCCACCCGUUUAGUUCCAAUGCUGGGCUUCUCGAGGAAGCUUAUUUCUUAUUUGGAAUUUUCAAACGCCUCUACGCAGACCUCAUCCUCAGCUUCCAAGAUAAAGGAGAUAGUUCGAUGUCCAUUACAAGCGGGUCACCACUAGACGCCUUCAAAUUGGUGGAGUUUGAGCUCGGGUUCAUGUUCGAUGUCCUUUACACCAAAGCCACCAUAGUGUAUAGUCGGUUGGGUGCCGUUCUUCGCUGUUCCAGCUUUUUGUCCUCCAUUUUCACGUCUUUAGCCUUCUGGAUCUUCAUUGAGAAGCAUCCCUAUUCAAAAAUUAACAUAUGCAUAACCUAUGCAUUGUUGGUUGGAUCUGUUUUUCUGGAGGGUUAUGCAAUUGUUGCACUUCUUUUCUCAGACUGGACAAAGCUUUGGUUGACCGAGCACAAAAAGGCUCCUCCGGCCAAUCUCAUCUACCGAGCAAUUUUUUCUUCUCAAUUCGUUUGGACCAACAAGAGGUGGUCAGGAUUGAUGGCGCAGUUCAACCUGAUAGAUUUCUGCCUCAAGAAUAAGCUGCCCUGCAGUGGAGUCCGGAGGUGCUUGGGCAUCAGUGAAAUGCUAGAGCAUUACCACAACAUGACGUGGGAAAAUGUGACAGAUGAACUGAAACAAUUGAUCUUUGAACUUCUGAACUCACAUAGGGAGAAUUUUGAUAGUUGGAAAUUUGAUAGUUGGCAUCAAUGGCACGAGGAGGGAAGUAAUCAUGUAACCCAGAUGAAUGAUUUCCUUGACAAAUUUGGUUGGAGCUUGGCAGGGGCAGAAUUUGAUGAAAGCCUGCUUCUUUGGCAUAUAGCCACAGAUCUCUGCUAUUACUCUGAUUUCCAUGGGCACCAAGAUGGCAGCAGUCUCAGUCCAAGAUGCAAAUUAAGCAAAUCCUUAUCGGAUUAUAUGAUGUAUCUUCUAGUGAUGCGUCCAUUUAUGCUACCAAAAGGGAUUGGGGAGAUUAGAUUUCGAGACACUUGUGCAGAGGCAAUAAGAUUCUUCCAACAACGCAAAAGGUUGAUGUCAAGCAGUAGAAGCAAUGCUCGUAAGUCGUUACUUCAAGUGAGCACGGAACAUUUCGAGCCUUGUAGCAUGAAAGGAGAUAGAAGUAAGUCUGCGUUAUUUGAUGGAUGUAGACUUGCCAAACUAUUGGAAUCGCUGAUCAUGGAGGAUGGAUUUCACAACGAAACGAAAUGGGAGAUGAUAAGCCAAGUGUGGGUUAAGAUGCUAUCUUUUGCAGCGAUUCAAUGUGAAUGGAAACACCAUGGUCAGCAACUUAGGCGGGGUGAAGAGCUACUUAGUCAUGUGGGUCUUCUCAUGGCACAUCUUGGUCUCUACAUUCUGUGUGGGCUGCUGAAAGUCUUCUGUUAUGUCAUCAUCAUUCUUCUCUUAAAAUAAGUGUUGUUGCUAAUGACCUUCAUUAUUGCUGACUCUAUCUACAAGGAUCUUCACUACAUUUCUGGCUACUAUCUUCAUUUACGGAAGGGUUGAUGUCCCGCAUUUCUAUCUAUACUGAUUUUCUUCAUGGACAUGGGGUUCUCCAAGAACCAGAUCUCCCGCUUCAAACUUUCAUGGUCAUGUAGGCUAUUCAUUUGUCACCACCUCAACAAGACAUGAUUAGUUGCAACAUAUUUCACAAAAAUUAUUGCCAAAGUAAUAAGUUCACAAAAA